AUGUGGGUUGGCAAAAAUCCCAUAUGAGACCUCAUGCCUCACGGGGUUGGCUGGGUUGGUGUUGGAGCAGGACUCUCUCUCUCUCUACCUCGUUGGAUUCCUGUUUGUUGAAUUUUCUCUGUCAUCAACACAACAUUACCUUGUUCCUCUUCUGUGACGGAGCGUAUACAUUCAGCUUCAAGACUCGCAAUUCAAUGUGAAGCUGUCUACGGACCAAUGGCUGCCGUUGAAUCUGACCAGAUCAGUGCAAAACAUGUAACUACCGAUUCACAAGCAACGCAUAGUGCUUCUCUGGGACGAACUGACAGUUCCAGUUCAUCGGUUGGAGGCCUUUCUUUUAGUCUGCCUGCUGUAUUUAACUCACAUUCAAAUGAUAAUCUUUCUCCAGCAGAACUUGGAGACCAGGCACUUGAUGUUAACAGACAUCAGUUGGCUGGUGGUCUCCUAUUGUCUGUUGAAAAUGCUGCAGAAAAUGGACCUGGAAAUCAGCUGACACAUGGUGACUCAAUAGCUCAAGCAAGCAGCAGUGGUGCCUCACUGCGAAGAGUAUUUAGCCUGUCAGGUGCUUCUCGCCCUUAUCUGGACGAGGAUGUAGAAAACGAAUCUGUUUCAUUGGCUGGGGAUAUUGGAGAUAGGAUAGUUAGCAGAAGAGGAAGUCAGAGGCAGAGCGUCCAAUCAUCCAUGGAACAAGGGAUCGCUUUUCCAAAUGCAGAAGAAUUACUGGAUUCAUAUGGCUUUUGGUCUCAUGAUCACACCACAAACACCAUAUCUCCAGUGUCACCACUGGUGUCUGAAAUCAUAACUCCACCCUCCACAAGUGCUCUCUUGCACAAUAAACAAGAGGAGAAGAAGGAGCUGCCACCAUUUUUUGAAUAUUGUGCCUACCUCAUACAUUUGUCUGUCUUUGGAAUUCUUGGGGUCCUUACCAGGUUUCUACUGCAGAAACUGUUUGGCUCUAGUGUUAUAGGUGUGACGAGUGACAAGAGCAUCCUAUAUCUUGAUCUUCCAUCUAACAUGGUGGGUUCAUUUUUAAUGGGAUGGUUGGGUGUAGUAUUCAAAGGCAAGAUAUCACACAUGUCAGAUCACCUUGCAGUUGGACUUUCCACUGGUUAUCUUGGAAGCCUUACCACCUUCAGUGGUUGGAAUCAGAAAAUGCUCGAUCUUAGCGUCAAUGGGCAUUGGGUAUUCGCUGUACUGGGGUUUCUCGUAGGGUUGUUUCUUGCUGCUUAUUCUAUUAUUAUUGGAAUCGAGACAGCUAAGGGUUUUAGGUGGCUUCUUGAAAGGACUGGAAAUAGUUCAAGCUUCAGUAAGUUGAGGGUGAAUAACUUUAAGAGUCACUUGAUAGUACUAACAAUAUUGAUGUUGGUGUGGGUUGGUUUGUGGACCACAAGUGGGAUCUUGGAGAACAAAGAAUUUAAAAAUGGCGGCAGUGGUGCUCAACUUUGGUUGGGAUGCCUAGUUGGUCCUUUCGGGGUUUGGUUGAGGUGGUGGCUUGCUCGAUUCAAUGGACGUGGAUUGGGGAAAGCAGGAAGGUGGAAAUGGAUCCCAUUUGGGACAUUGGCUGCUAAUGUGUCCGCAGCAUGCGUGAUGGCAGCUCUUGCUACUGUGAAAAAAGCGGUCAAUACAAAGGAUUGUGACACGGUUUCCUCAGGGAUACAAUUUGGCCUCUUGGGAUGCCUAAGUACUGUCUCCACAUUCAUGGCCGAAUAUAAUGCAAUGAGAGAGAGCAGUCAUCCUUGGAGGGCAUACGUAUAUGCAUUGAUCACCCUCCUGAUAUCAUUUGGCUUGGGAACCUUGAUAUACUCAGUACCUGUGUGGACAUUGGGGUACAAUUAGAGCCUGAGUUUAUUUAUUUUUUUAGUAUCUUUAAAAUUUAAGUUCAUCACGAAAAUACACAAUACUCAGUGCUAGUUUCAUGUUGAUUAGGCAAGUUUCAUUUUUUGUAAUAGUUGAAUUUUUUGUAAUACCAUGGAAGUGUAUAUAUAGUUAGAUACAAAAUAAUACAUCAGAACUCUGAUUAUCAGUUAUCAGUGUCUUCUGUAUAUGAGAUCAAGACACAGAACAUGUUCUGAUGUAUUAAAAUUGACAAAAAAAAUUUGCUUU